UUGUUCCCUGAGGCAGUAGGCGGAGCCUGGGCCUAAGAGGAACUGGGUCUUUGGAGCAUCCGGUCUCCAAUGCCAGGGUCGGAAUAGUUCUGGCCCUGCUGCCAGCUACUUCUUCGACCUUACAGCACGCUUUUCGUUCCGCUUGCCGUGCUUUGAGAUAGGUCUGUCUCCUACCUACUAUGCCGUUACCUGUAGCACUGCAGACCCGCUUGGCCAAGAGAGGCAUCCUCAAACAUCUGGAACCCGAGCCAGAGGAAGAGAUUAUUGCCGAGGACUAUGAUGAUGAUCCUGUGGACUAUGAGGCCACACGAUUGGAGGGCCUGCCACCGAGCUGGUACAAGGUGUUCGACCCUUCCUGUGGUCUUCCUUACUACUGGAAUGUGGAGACAGACCUUGUAUCCUGGCUUUCUCCACAUGAUCCCAACUUUGUGGUGACCAAAUCUGCCAAAAAGCUCAGAAACAGUAAUGCAGAUGCUGACGAGAAGUUGGACCGGACUCAUGAGAAGCCGGACAGGAACCAUGAAAAGUCUGACCGCAGCCAUGAGAAGCCAGACAGGAGUCACGACAAGUCAGACCGAAACCAUGAUAAGUCUGAUAGAGAUCGAGAGCGGAGCUAUGACAAGGUGGACAGAGAGAGAGAACGGGACAGGGAACGAGACCGGGACCGGGGAUAUGACAAGGCAGACCGAGACGAGGGCAAAGAACGGCGUCACCAUCGCCGGGAGGAGGUGGCUCCUUAUCCCAAGAGCAAAAAGGCUGCGAGCCGGAAAGAUGAAGAGUUAGACCCCAUGGACCCCAGCUCAUACUCAGAUGCACCCCGGGGCACAUGGUCAACAGGACUCCCCAAGAGGAAUGAGGCCAAGACGGGUGCUGACACAACAGCGGCUGGGCCCCUCUUCCAGCAGCGUCCAUACCCAUCCCCAGGAGCUGUGCUCCGAGCCAAUGCUGAGGCCUCCCGAAACAAACAAGGGGAUUGAACCCUGGUUCCCUGUAGCCCUGGCAGUUUGCUUUUCUUUGUCUUUCUUUGUGGGACUAGGGAUGGACCCAAAGCCUUGUACAUGCUAAGCAGUUGGCUCUGCCACUGAAUUAUACUCUUGUUUCCUUCUUGGUUUUAAUAAAAGCUUUUCUGUGGUUAUGUC